UCGUUUCAUCUUUGCUCUAUCCGCCGCUUUGUAGAGUUUGCCUCUUCUCCGUCUCCUCUCCUUGCCCCCCUUAUCCUCAUUCCUCAAACCCAUUUCUUCUUCCAUUUUCUUGAAUCUGUACCUAUAUAUUCGUAUACCCUUCUCAGAAAAACUGAAAAAGAAUGUCUCUUGCUGCUAAAACUGUAUUGAAACCUAUGUUAAUGGCGACAAAUGGUUGCCUGACUUCAACCCCGUCACUCUUUGCUACUUCAAAAGCUUCGUAUUCGCACCGUUAUCUUCCAAUCCCGUUUAAGCCCGUCAAAUUCCAACUCUGUUGCUCCUAUUCUUCUUCACGUUCAUUCCCCGCUUUAUUCUCUUUGAAGAAGAAAGAAUCCGUUUUGAGAGUGUCUGUGGUAGCCGCUCAGCAACAAGAGAACAACCCGGUUGUUUUUGCGGAGCAAGAAGAGGGAGAGCAAGAAUUUCAGGGAAAUUUCACAUGGGAUGCGUCCGAUAAUGAAGUUGAAGGAGGGGAGAGUGAUGGGGUUGUGGAGGCGGUGGGGGACGCUGGAGACAGUGAUGGGUAUGUGGAGCCACCUGAGGAAGCAAAAGUGUAUGUGGGGAAUUUGCCGUAUGAUGUGGAUAGUGAGCAAUUGGCUGGGCUUUUCAAGGAGGCUGGUGUUGUAGAAAUUGCUGAGGUUAUCUACAAUAGGGACACUGAUCAGAGUCGGGGGUUCGGGUUUGUGACAAUGAGUACUGUGGAAGAAGCUGAUAAGGCUGUUGAAAUGUUCCAUCGUUUUGAUGUGGGUGGCAGACUCUUAACUGUUAAUAGAGCUGCUCCAAGAGGAUCAAGACCUGAACGCGCCCCUCGAGUGUUUGAACCUACUUACAGAAUAUAUGUUGGUAACUUGCCGUGGAGUGUGGAUGAUGAUCGUCUUGAGCAGGUUUUCAGUGAGCAUGGUAAAGUCGUGAGUGCUCGUGUAGUCUCUGAUAGGGAGACUGGAAGAUCACGUGGUUUUGGCUUUGUAGUGAUGUCAACUGAGUCUGAAAUGAAUGAUGCCAUUGCUAAUCUUGAUGGACAGAGUUUGGAUGGGAGAGCAAUCAGAGUAAAUGUUGCCCAAGACAGACCAAGGCGCAGUUUUUGAUUUGAUCAUGUCCUACACGUUUUUUUACUAUGUAUUUGAUGCUUAUUUGUGGAGAGAUUUGUCAAUUCUCUGCUUCAACUAGCUAAGAAAUUUUGUUUGUGUUCAAAGGAAUUUGAUUUUACCUUCAUUCGUAUAGUUUUCUUGCUUAAGUUGGUGAUAUUAGCAGCUUCGUUGGAUUGCCUUUGGGUUUGGGCGUCUGUUAUUACUGCUGUUUCAUUCUAAAGUUGAAUCUGCAUCUUGUUUUUA